UCUCUGCCCGCCUAACGAGUGCCUAAAUGGGACACCUUUCGCACGAUGAUGCAAAUGGGUUAUUUAUUGAAAAUAAACCGGAGAGAUUUGACAUGGGGUCUUUCUAGUUCGCUGAGUGCAACUUUCUUAUUUUCACCUAUCCUUCUUUGUCCCCCCCGGUUCUAUACAUUAUACUGGUGACACUUCCCGGUACCGAAAUGCUCAGGCAUACAAAAUGAUGGCGAUCGGUUGUCCUAUCUGUAAUAGUCCCUACCGUGCCCUGAGCAAGCACCUGCUGAGGAACCAUAGUGUGCGUAAUUUAGUGGAAAGAAGAAUUCUGCUGUUGUUGGCGAAAGGACGGAUAAACAUUAGGCUCCAUCCCUGCAUUAUUGCAGGAUGCGAGUACAACGGGACAAGGCUGGACCGCCACUUGUACAGAAACCAUGUUGAGCUGUCCCGGCAGGAAUUACAUGUGGUUUUAACUAAACUAAAAAUGAAAGUGGCCACAAAGAAGCUUCAUGAACUCAGUUUGACAAACCCCAGAGUAGCAAUGAUUACCUCUUGGGAUGUUGACACUGUGGGUGAUGUUGUCCUGUCACAACCUCCACCCUUGUCCCCAGUGAUUAAAUGUGACAACCCGGACUGUAAGGAAUGGAGGAUGGAUGCAAACAGAAUGAAGGCUCAGAGGGACAUAUAUGCUGCUGAGGUGAAAUCCCUGCGCUGCAUGCUGCAGCAGAGGAUUCAACGUAACCGAAAGAGGAUGAACCAGAGGGCCGAGGACCAAGAGCGGGUGUUUCUAAGGAAACGAUCCCGAACAGAGUCAACACCAAAGAGGCUGUCCAAGUCCAAAGGUCCCUCCUGCAGGAAGUCCCCCAUUGCCUCUCACACACCUGUAUCCAGCUCCUCAGAACCUGCAUCCAUAGAUACCAAGGCCUCGUCAUCCUCCCCUCCCAUACAUUCCCCCUGGUUCAGCGGCAGGGGCCGGGGGAAUCGAAUGCGGGACAUUACAUUCCCACGCAUCAUGGAGAAGUAUCUGCAAGGCUACCGGGACCAUUAUGAGGGCAUCGAUCCAACAGUGAGGCUCCAAGAAAACGCAGUCUCCAAAAUAAGCAGAAUCAAAUCAUUCCUAAGCUUCAUGGCACACGGUUUCAAUCGCCUGUCUGACUGGCUCUUUUUGAGGGAUCUGAAGAGGAUACGUGGGUGGUCCCGGAGCCUGAUAAAGUCAAGCCUACAGGUCACGACAUCUGACUUCUAUAUCAAAAAUAUAUCACACUUUCUCAAGUACAUGAAUGAAACACCAUGCAAGGGGAGCAGGCUCAACCAGAAUGACAUGAUUUUAAUCACACGGGAAGUUGCUGCCAUCCUGAAGUCCAUGAGAAAGAAGGUGUUUAUCCACCAGAUGCAGGUGAAGCGGGACAAGAUGGAAGGUCUGCCAAGCCAUAAAGACAUCAUGGCAUGUUUGACUGCGGCCAAAACUCGCAUCCCUCAGCUCCUGGAUGUGAUGACCAGCAAUCCGACUCACGCAACCCGGAGCCUGCUCUAUGGGUACAUGACCCUCAAUUGGAGCUGCAUUUAUGGGCACCGUCCGGGGGUCUACUCCAACAUGACCAACACGGAGGUCCUAAAGGCGGAGAUAACUGGCACUGCCUUUGGCCACCUCAUCCACGUAAGCAACCACAAGACGGCCAACGCGUUCGGGGAAGCGCAGAUGUAUCUCACCAUAGAAGAAUUUGGAUGGAUGAAAAGGUGGCUGGAAAUCAAGGGGACGCUGACCGGCACCAACAACCGCUACUUCCUCUGCAUAGCGGGGAAGAACCCAUCGAGGAACCUUGCCACCUUCCUGAGGUUGGCAUGGGCUGAUGUUGGACUAAAAGGUCCCAUUAACUUCACCAACCUCCGCACAGUCCACGCCGAUAAUGCGAAGAGGUUUCAGGACAUAAGCAACCGCCAAAGAGUGAGUGAUUUCAUGUGUCACAACACUGCAACUGCAGACAAAUUUUAUGCCAAGAAUCCUUCUUUGAAGGAGGCUGCGGACAUACGAAUGCUCUUCACAGAGUCACUGCAAGCAGCGGCCGCAGCAGCAUCAGGGGUGAGUGAAGACAAUUUGGGGGACAUUGACAUCCACAGUGACCGUGACAGCUCUGGAGAGGAGCAUAGCCCUACUCCCUACCAAGACUCCACCGAUACCGAGACGUCAGAUGAAUUAUACAAAGACUUCAACGCUUGGAGAGCGGCGAAGAGGGAACAGUCAAUGGCCGAACACAGUCCCUCAGACACGGUGAAGAGAGGGUGCCAGCCUCUGCACCAACUUCACCCGAUACGGACAAUGUUGCCAGUGACCAACUUGUAA